AUGUCUUUCCUGCACUCUGAAAUUCAAUACUUAGCAGUAUUUGCAGAGGAUCCGCUUCUUGAACCUGCGAACACUAACUACAACGUCUCUCUGGAUCAUCCCUUGUAUCCCUGGCCAUCGAAAGCACAUUUCAUCACAUCCCUCUUGUUUAGCUCCCCACAGCUUCCGUUCUCUGAAGUCCAAAAGAAGGCGGUCUUGAAUUGGGCCAAAGAACUUGGUGUGCGAAGCCUUCCCUCACUUGGCGCGAUGAAGAAGUGUCAGAGUCAUCUGCAGGAUCUCAUAGGAGAUCCAACCGAGAAGGUCACAUCUCACUCUGGAAACACAUUCUACAUCAACAGUGUUGCAAGAGCAAUUGCAAAAGACUACACUAAUCCCCUCACUCGUCUUGCGAUGCAAGACUAUCCAGAGGAUGGCGGAAAGGGGAUGUCACAAGUAUUCAACGGGAGUAAAAUGUUGUUCGAUCUCCCAUUGCCGCCAGCAGUCCAGGUGGACAGGACCGUGUAUUUUACGGACGAACUGUUGCAGGAGUCUUCAGGAGGCUAUUUCAUCCCAAAACGAUUCUUUCUGGCUGCUGCCGACAUCCCCACCAACACUACCGAAUCCUGCAAGCAAUCAGAUAAAGUGCUAUAUGCAUUGGGUCGAGCUGCUGAACGGACAGAGGCCGGGUUCAUUGUAAGUGACAAUGAGGAGAUUAUCCCAAUGUCUAUGUUUGUACGAUCAUUUGGAGAUAUUGCCGCAACCUGCGGAGAGCUUGAUUCAUCUUCCAUUAAAUAUGCGUCACUUUCACCCAAUCCGCUGCGAGAAAAGUCGAAAGGUCGAAUGGUGUAUAAUGUUCCCUUAAUCAUCUUCAUGGACAAUGUUUCAGGCAACAUAUCGAAGCAGUGGAACAAACACCACGCUAUAUACAUGUCUAACGCAAAUUUGCCUCAAGAGAUGCUCGAAAAAAAAUUCUUCGUGCGAUUUGUUUCAUCCUCCCCUCACGCACCACCCAUGGAAUUGAUGCGAGCAAUGAAGGAAUUCAUAUCUGACGCAGCACAAUCUGGUGUCAUGGCGUGGGAUUGCAAGUUCGACGAGGAAGUUAUGCUCAUUCCGUAUGCAUUAUUUCUCGCUGGAGACAAUCCCAUGCAAGCUGAAGAGUGUAGCCACGCGGGGCUCAACUGCAACUAUUUCUGCAGGAUGUGCGAUGUUGGCGGAACGAAAGAGUACAAGGAAUCCAAGGCUGGCUACAACAGCAUUUUUAUGUCAGGUAAUAUAUGGACCCCCGAGAAGACGAGUCAAGAGAUUCAACAACAGUUUGAAACUGCCUUCAGAUCAGGCGCCACAACAAAAAUCCAGAAUUCUGUUUCGUCGACUGGUGUGCGAGAUUCAGCUUCGGGUUCAAUUCUCAGUGCAUUGGUCGAACUUGGCAAGAAGCUUCGAAAACGCAUACCAGGAUCUCCAGCUCUGCCUGAAAGUGAAGUUGAAGCUGUGCUUCGGAAAGAAUUCGAGGAACUCUUGAAAGGUGGACACCUCAAUGAUACUACCAAUCCCCUACUGGGAAUGGAUGGGUUAGAUAUUCAUAUGGAUACCCCAACAGAAAUCCUUCAUACAAUACUCCUGGGCGUCGUCAAGUACUUCUGGGGGCAGACAGUGUUUCUCCUCGAAAAAGCAAAGUUCCUCCACAUUUUUCAGUACCGGCUUGAAUCCAUUGACAAGGACGGCCUGAAUGCGCCCUGUCUAAAUGCAGACUAUAUUUGCCACUAUAAAGGCAGUUUAAUCGGCAAGCAUUUUAAAAGUUUGGUGCAAGUUAUGCCAUUCAUUAUCCAUGACCUCGUUCCUCCAAUGGUCCUUAAUGCAUGGACAGUGAUCGGCGAACUCAUUGUACUGGUCUGGCACACAAGAUUCAUGGACACAGAAACAUAUCUCGCAACGCUAUCUCAAACCAUUGAAGAUUUUUUGAAUGUUACAACACAAUGCGCACCGAGUAUUUUGAUUAGCAAGCCAAAGUUCCAUUUUCUCGUCCAUCUUCUAGCGUACAUUCGUCGUUUCGGCCCUGCGAUUGUUUUUUCAACUGAGCGAUACGAAUCAUUCAAUCAUGUCUUCCAGUUAUCGUGCAUCUACAGCAACCGACAGGCGCCAAGUAGGGAUACUUGCAAGAUUUUUUCUCACCAGGACACGGUCAAACAUAUCGCUACCAGGGAAAAGGUCCUAUGCUAUCUUGAUGAACAUCCUGAACAAGCGAGGCUUCUAGGAAUACCAAACUCGAGUCAUAGUCCUCUGAUACCCGGUAAGUCCCAUGUCCCAUGGAAAACCACUCGCUGCGCGAAGAUUCUUGGGACCAUUCAACCUGGAAUCAUGUAUUAUCAAGGUAAAUCAGUUGCGAUGAGUGAAGGAGAAUGUGCACGCUUGAAUAGUCAUGUUAUUUUCCGACAACCGGUGGACAGGCAGUUGUAUAUUGGACAUAUUCGCGAGAUUCUUGUAUCAUCACAGGACAGUCAAAUGACAGAUCAUGUCGCACUCCAGCUCUUCACAUUCAGAGCUGCUCUCCACCCAUCUCUCCACCUCCCAUGCAUUGAUCUUACUGAUAAUGAGAUGGUUUCAACCAGUAUAGACAUUAUUUGCUCCGUCAAUAUUCAACAUAAUUGCCUCGAUUCGCAGUGCACGGACAUCCGUCGACAGUCUGUACAUCAAGAACGGAUAGACACCUCUCAAACAAAGGCCACAGUCAAGCAUGAGUCAACGCCGAACUUUUUUCUCAAUGUCUAUUCCAUUCAUAACUACGAUCACAUCCAACGUGUUGUUCCAGAUACACUUCGUGAGACACCGCUUCAGGUUACCAAUGUAGCUGAAGUUCGUGCCAUUGCCAUACACCAACUACAAGACAAGAGAACAGCGAAGAAAGGUGGAGAUACGUCCCAACUAGCAGAUAGUGGUGAGGGUUGCCACCUUCUGCCUUUGAUUGUGCUCCAACCAAACAGUGGAAGCCUGCAUGCAAAGCCAAGGCAAAAACAGCAAAAGCGAGCGCACGUGGUCCGACAAGAUUCAGGAGCAUCGCAGCAACAUCAAACUGUCUCUGCGCCAUCAAUGGGAGGUCCUUCGCAACAUUUUUACUCACCUGCACCCCAACCACACCAUCCUCCACAUCAGUCUUUCCCUCCGCCCCUGCCAAUUCAUGCUCUUCCCCCCUUACGCUCCUCACCUCCAUUUCACCAAUCACCAUCUCAGUUGUAUCGCCCUCCCCCACAGUCAUAUCUUCCGUCUCAAUCAUAUGCCCCUGCGCCUCUACCUGCCCAAUAUGUUCACCCAACUCGCCGCUUCCCAUCGCCUCAUUAUCCUCCCCAAGAAUCUCAGGUUCGAUAUCUGCAGAGUCAGCAUCACCACCCUCAGUUUGGUAUGAUGUAUCCCGGUGGGAUAUGA